AUGAGCACUCAUUUAGAAUCUCGUACACUUCUGUUCAAGCUGAGCCUGUCGUUUUUUCUCUUUGGGCUGAUCAACAACGUGCUCUACGUCAUCAUCCUCUCUGCUGCGCUGGACCUGGUCCCCCCUUCUACUCCCAAGGGUAUCAUCGCGUUCUGCAACAUCUUCCCUGCGCUCAUCGCGAAGCUCGGCUGGCCUUACCUCCUCAAGGGGCGGAUACGCUACGCUCGUCGCCUCGUCGGCUGCACUGCCAUCAGCAUCGGUGGAAUGCUGAUUGUAGCGCUCUUUGAAUCUCUCCCUAUGAGAUUACUUGGAAUCUGCUGCGCGUCGUUUUCUUCAGGCAAGCGAUCAGGAUUGGUCGAGUUAACGUUCUUGCAGCUGUCAACCCGGUAUCACCCGCCUUCGGUGGCCGGCCGCAGCGUGGGGUACUUCGCUUCCGGAACUGGUGGCGCUGGCCUCGUGGGCGCGCUGCUCUGGUGGGAGCUCAGGGGAUUGGGAGUCCGCUUCGGCGUCGGCCUCUCUUCCAUUCUCCCGUUCAUCACGCCGCUCACCUACCUCUUCAUCCUCCCACAACCAGAGGCAUUCGUAGGCCGGUCAUUCGAGACAGGAGAUGACGACUCUGAGGACGCCGCAGUGUCUGCGUCGUACGUCCCGCUCGCGCGUAGUGAGGAUGAAGAUACUGCACGAGAGGGAGAACCUGAAACUAUGUUGAAGGCGUCCGUCGCACUUUCUAUAGAGGACAAGUGGCGCCUCGCGAAGCCGAUGCUGAUGAAGUAUAUGCUCCCUCUAUUCUGCGUUUAUCUGUUCGAGUAUACUAUCAACCAGGGAAUCUCGCCGACCCUCGUAUACCCUGUCCCCACGCGGGAAUCGCAUUGGUUUAUGAGCCUCCUAAUUCACUCCAUCAGAGACUACUAUCCGCUCUGGCAGCUCGUAUACCAGAGCACAGUCUUCCUGUCACGCUCGUCCAUCUCGCUUGGACUCCCGCCACUCCCCGGGAGGCUGCUCUCAUUGCCCGCAUUUGUACAAGGCGCGAUCCUGUGCACGCUCGCGUUCGAGUCCGCGGUCGGUAUCUUCGGGGACGCGCACGAGGGCGUGAGCUUCGCACUUGUGUUCCUCCUUAUCUGUGUCGAGGGCGUCUGCGGCGGGCUCGCGUACGUGAACGUGUUCUACCGCAUCAAUCAGGAGAGGCUUGACAGCCCCGGUGCGGACGCCGAGCGCGCGAAGCAGGAGCGCGAGUUCAAGAUCGGCUCCAUCGGGUUGUCGGACUCGACUGGCAUCUUGAUGGCUUCGCUCCUCGCAGUGCCGACCGAAAUCAGGCUGUGCAAGGCGCAGGUUGCGCGAGGGAAGAUGUUUUGUCAGAGUUUGUGA